AAAUAGCAUAAAGCGCUUACAGCGUCAGGGCGUGCUUUAGUAAAAAUCUACUUUAAUGUCCAACAAAAUGUCGAAACGUCAGAGAAUCGACGUCGGCGACUCAAAUCCCAAAAAGCCAAGGGAUUCAUCACCUGCUAUAGGCUCUGGACCGUUUACAAAGAUGCCUACGGUGAACACGCCGAAUCCAUUUACUGGAUUACCUCAUACUCCUAAAUAUUUUGAGCUUCUGCGAAAAAGAUCAUCGCUACCAGUAUGGGAAUACAAAGAACGUUUUAUAGAAAUGAUGAACAAACAUCAAGUUAUGGUACUUGUAGGAGAAACCGGUUCUGGUAAAACCACUCAGAUACCUCAAUGGUGUCUUGAUUGGGUAAAGUCUCGCUAUCAAAAAAAAGGUGUAGCUUGCACACAACCAAGAAGAGUUGCAGCUAUGUCAGUUGCACAGAGAGUAGCAGAGGAAUUGGACGUAGGUCUCGGACAAGAAGUAGGCUAUUCAAUUAGGUUCGAGGAUUGUACAUCAAACAGAACUAUACUUAAAUAUAUGACAGACGGUAUGUUGUUGAGAGAAGCAAUGUCUGAUCCUCUUCUUGAAGCUUACGGUGUAGUUAUGUUGGAUGAAGCUCAUGAAAGAACAUUGGCUACCGAUAUUCUUAUGGGUUUACUGAAAGAAGUUGCAAAAAGGAGAAGUGAUUUAAAAAUAAUUGUUAUGUCUGCAACUCUGGAUGCAGGAAAGUUUCAAACCUAUUUCGAUAACUGUCCUUUAAUGUCCGUACCUGGUCGAACCCAUCCGGUAGAAAUCUUUUAUACGCCUGAGCCAGAAAGAGAUUAUUUAGAAGCUGCUAUUAGAACUGUUAUUCAAAUACACAUGUGCGAAGAAUCGGACGGUGAUGUACUGCUUUUCCUUACUGGGCAAGAAGAAAUAGAGGAAGCUUGUAAACGUAUUGGUCGCGAAAUGGAUAAUUUAGGGAAUGAAGUAGGCGAGUUGAAAUGCAUUCCCUUAUAUUCUACACUACCUCCAAACUUGCAACAAAGGAUAUUUGAACCACCACCACCAGCUAGACCAAAUGGAGCUAUUGGAAGAAAAGUUGUGGUAUCGACGAAUAUCGCUGAAACAUCUUUAACUAUUGACGGAGUUGUUUUUGUCAUUGAUCCAGGAUUUGCCAAACAGAAGGUGUACAAUCCAAGAAUUCGGGUAGAAUCAUUGCUAGUUACUGCCAUUUCCAAAGCGUCUGCUCAGCAAAGAGCUGGCAGAGCUGGAAGAACGAAACCAGGCAAAUGCUUUCGUUUAUAUACAGAAAAAGCCUAUAAAUCUGAAAUGCAAGAGCAAACUUAUCCAGAAAUUUUAAGAUCAAAUUUAGGAAGCGUUGUUUUAAAUUUAAAGAAAUUGGGUAUAGACGAUCUCGUUCAUUUCGAUUUUAUGGAUCCUCCUGCCCCCGAAACUUUAAUGAGAGCUCUCGAACUGUUAAAUUAUUUAGCUGCUCUAGAUGAUGAUGGAGAACUAACGCAACUAGGUGGAAUGAUGGCUGAAUUUCCAUUGGAUCCUCAAUUAUCCAAAAUGGUUAUUGCCAGUUGUGACUUUAACUGCAGCAACGAAGCUUUAUCAAUAACAGCCAUGCUUUCCGUUCCACAGUGCUUCGUGAGACCGAAUGAAGUAAAGAAGCAAGCCGACGAGGCAAAGAUGAGAUUUGCUCAUAUUGACGGAGACCAUUUGACCCUGUUGAACGUUUAUCACGCAUUUAAACAAAAUCACGAGGAUCCACAGUGGUGCUACGACAACUUUAUCAACUUUAGAUCUUUGAAAUCAGCCGAUAACGUGAGACAGCAGCUUGCGAGAAUUAUGGAUAGAUUUCAACUGAAACGUGCAAGUACAGAUUUUACAUCAAGGGAUUAUUAUCUUAACAUUCGCAAAGCUUUGGUAACUGGUUUUUUCAUGCAAGUUGCCCAUCUCGAAAGAACCGGCCACUAUUUAACAGUGAAAGACAAUCAAGUUGUACAACUCCAUCCAUCUACGUGUCUAGACCACAAACCAGAAUGGGUUCUAUACAAUGAGUUUGUGCUUACAACCAAGAAUUAUAUUAGGACUUGUACGGAUAUAAAACCUGAAUGGCUACUAAAAAUUGCUCCUUCGUACUACGAGCUAUCAAACUUUCCUGUUUGCGAAGCGAAAAGGGUUUUGGAAAAGAUACAGGCUAAACUCGAAGCAACUCAAGGACGAUUUAAUUAA